UUUAGAGUCCUCAGGGAAUGAUAGUGAGUUCUCUUUAUUAUUCAACUGAGAUUGGGUGCGAUGACUAUUUUUGGUACUGCUUUGUUUUUCUUUAGAUCGAAACGUAAUCAGACGUCAAACCGAUGGUUUUAAGUAUUGUGUGUCAAGCAGUAUUUUUAUGAAUGUUAGCCUGUCAAAAGUUUCACACUAAAGCUUCAAUACAAUCCUACAAGGUAUCGAACCCAGUUUCGUCAGGCCUGCUACCCACUGCUAUGAAAACAGUUAUUUCAUGUUUUCAACUUUACUGUUAUUGCUUGGUUGUAAUGAGUUUCACUGGUGUGAUGGCUGUCCCACUCUCGGUCUCGUUGAUUUCGUUUAAAUCUCUUCAGGGUAGGUUACUCUGAAAAAACGGAUACCAGAUCAACUAAAAUUAGUUCAUCUACUCCAUUAAAAUUUAUUGGUUCUGCUCGUUUUGGUCCAUUCGUUGAUACGUACGGACGUAAAGCUGCACAAAUUCUGAAUUCAUCAUUAGCUCCAGUGGGAGAUCUUCGAGUACGUUAUCUUAUUAUCUAUCCAAUGAUUAAACCACUUAGUCCAUGUUUAGAAGUUACUUAUCAACAUCAUUGGAAGAAACGUGCAUCAGCCGUAGAUAUUGGUCAUCGUGGUAUGGGUACAUCAUUUUUUCAACCAGAAGAAAAACAAUAUAAAAAAUCACCGACAACUAGAGAAAAUACAUUGGAUUCGUUUCGGACGGCUGUCCAACAUGGAGCUGAUUUUGUUGAAAUGGAUGUCCAACUAACUAAAGAUCAUCAUGUUGUUGUUUAUCAUGAUUUUGAUGCUGUAGUCAUAUCAAAAAAGAAAAGGGGUGGUCAAUUAUGUUAUUUACGUGUAGCUAUUAAAGAUUUAAAUUAUAACGAUCUACGUGAAUUAAAUGUUCGUCAUUCAAGUGUUUUAAAAGAAAGUCAUACUCAUGAAAAAAUGAAUGAAGAAGAUCUAGAUCCAAUAGAAUUACAACCAUUUCCUUUAUUACAUUCAUGUUUUGAAGAAAUUGAUUCAGAUCUUGGUUUUGUCAUUGAAGUGAAAUAUCCUAUGGACCUUAAAGAUGGCAGCUCAGAAAUGGAUCAUUUCUUCGAGUACAACUUUUAUGUCGAUACUAUCCUACGUGAAAUCUUAACACAUGCUGGUAAAAGACGUAUUUUAUUAUCAUGUUUUGAUCCAAAUGUCUGUGUAAUGCUUCAGUUAAAACAACAAAUUUAUCCAGUCUUUCAACUUGGAAUAUCCCCGGAAUAUGCAGAUACUCGACAUGCUGACUUUCAAAGUUUAUUUUGGUCUGCAUUAAGUCAUCAACUCUUGGGAGUAUGUUUAGAAAGUGAUCGUUUAUUAAAAGUCCCAGGAAUUAUUGAAUUAGCACAUUCACAUAAACUAGUUGUAUUAGCAUGGGGUGAAGCUGUAAACAUACCGGAAAAACGUAUAUUACUCACACAAUUGGGUGUGGAUGGAAUUAUCUAUGAUUGUGUAAACGAAAAUAAAGCUAAAGGUACACUAAGUGUAUUUAAACGUGAACGAUUCCUUGAACUUGGAUUAUCAUCAGCAUCAACACCAUCAUCACCUACAGAAACAACAAAACUAGUACCAUGUUUAUCAUCAUUAUCAUUAAUUGAUAAUCAUGACAAUAUCAAUCAUAUUCAUUUUAAUAAUAAUAAUGAUUUAAACAGGAACAAUUCAAAUUCUCAAAGUAAUUUAGCUUUAGAUCAACACUGUAACAUUACAGAUCGGCUAAUUUUAUCUACCCAACCUACUACUGAGAAACUAUCAACAAUAGUAACUGAUUGUCACACUAAUAUGUGCUGCAAUUCAACAUCGUCAGCUUCAAUGACCAGCAAUCGUAUUGAUAAUAAUAAUAAUGAUAAAAAUAACAGUAGUAUUGUCUCCUUAGUGAAUGUUAAAUCAAAUGAACAAGUAGUAGGUCCGGUAGAAAAUUGUACAAAUCCAACAUUACAAACAACAUCUGUUAGUACUAUUCCGUUAGAUAAUAAUGACAGCAUUCAUAACAAGUUAUCAUCACCGACUUCAGAUACAUCAUCACAACAACAAGAGCCAACAUCACCACCAAAACAACAAACUAAUGUACCACUUAUAACAUUCGCUUAAAUAUAAAAUUCAACUCAAGAAUACUAACUACUGAUAUUAGUCAGAGUAAUAAUAAUGAUACUGAUGAUAACAUUCAUUGUCAAAACAA